UGCUACAUAUAGGUACCUCCUCCACUUAGAUGUUUCAAAUGUCAGAGUCUACAAGUACAAGCACACAAGCAUCAGGAAAAAAAAAGUGAAAUCUACAAAGACCGACUGUAUUGAAGGACAGUGAGAACAUGACAGAUCAGAAACAGACUGAAGAACAAACAGGUUGGCCUGAGAAAGCCCAACCUACUGAUGUAACGGGGAGUGAGAGGCGAGAGGCGAGCGGAUCCAUUCGCGAGCUUUUAUUAACAGGACGAGACAAAGACAUGGUCGUACAGGCAGGGUCAAAACAGGAGCAAACAGACCUGAUGGAGGAAAAUGAGGAGAGUGAAGAGCAGAAACAUCAUCAUGGCAAAGCCAGUGAAAACCCAGUGAAAAAAAACAAGAAGAAUUUCAUCUGCACUCAGUGUGGAAAGAGUUUGACAUGCAAGAUGAAGCUCAGUGUUCACAUGAGGAUCCACACUGGAGAGAAACCGUUCACAUGUGAUCAGUGCGGGAAGAGUUUCAAAGAUUCAUCAUACAUUAAGGAACACAUGAGAGUCCACACUGGAGAGAAACCAUAUGAAUGUGAUCAGUGUGGAAAAACAUUUUCGAGGGCUUCAAACCUUAAGAAUCACCUGACAGUUCAUUCAGAAGAGAAACCAUAUUCAUGUUCUUUAUGUGGAAAGAGUUUUUCACGGCUGAUUAAUUUAAAAAUACAUCAGAAAACACACACUGGUGAAAAAGCUUAUAUGUGCUUUGAGUGUGAGAAGACUUUUACUACAGCUCAACAUUUGAAACGGCACCAGAGGGUCCACACUGGAGAGAAACCGUACAUGUGUUCAUACUGCGACAAGAGAUUCAGUCAUUUAGAAGUCCUAAAAGCUCAUGAGAGGAUCCACACCGGAGAGAAACCGUAUCACUGCACCACAUGUGGGAAGAGUUUCAGUCGUUCAUCAGCUUUAUGCAAACAUACAAAAAAAAAACACUGUAAGUACAUCAUAUAUAUCCAGCACUUUCAAGUCUGA